AUGGAUGUCGUGAGUCUCCCCGGUUGGAUUAACAGCAGCAGCUCCCAGCUGCCUGCCAAAACCAACAGACGCAGGCGCAACAAGGAGCUCUCCUUCACUGAGGUUCUGAAGAACUACAAGCUUCUACCUGAUUCCCGGCCCAGCAGCCCAGAGAGCCUGCACCAGCAUGAGAUGAUGAUUCCUAGAAUCCCUGUCAGCAUCACUAGACCUGAGGGGAGGCCUAGCAACCCUCGACGCCCCACAAGACGGCCUGUUAGACCAGUUGUCCUGGUCCAGCCUGACGUACAGCCUUCCAGACCUGAGGGGAGGCCAAGCAACUCUCGACGCCCCACUAGACGGCCUGUUAGACCAGUUGUCCUGGUCCAGCCUGACGUACAGCCUUCCAGACCUGAGGGGAGGCCAAGCAACUCUCGACGCCCCACUAGACGGCCUGUUAGCCCAGUUGUCCUGGUCCAGCCUGACGUACAGCCUUCCAGACCUGAGGGGAGGCCAAGCAACCCUCGACGCCCCAAUAGACGGCCUGUUAGCCCUGAUGGCCUGGUCCAGCCUUACGUACAGCCUUCCAGACCUGAGGGGAGGCCGAGCAACCCUCGAAGCACCACUAGACGGCCUGUUAGACCAGUUGUCCUGUUGUCCAGCCUGACGUACAGCCUUCCAGACCUGAGGGAGGCCGAGCAACUCUCGACGCCCACUAGACGGCCUGUUAGCCCCGUUGUCCUGGUCCAGCCUGACGUACAGCCUUCCAGACCUGAGGGGAGGCCAAGCAACCCUCGGCCCCCCAAUAGACGGCCUGUUAGCCCUGAUGGCCUGGUCCAGUCUUAUGUACAGCCUUCCAGACCUGAGGGGAGGCCGAGCAACCCUCGGAGCACCACUAGGAGAAAAGUGAGGCCCAGUAAUCCUGUUUGUCCCGUUAUUCUUGAGUCCCGACCUCCCAGUCCUGUGAGCAUCACUACCAGCAUUGUGGACCUAGUCCAGUUUGAGUCCUGUCCUGCUGUGAGUCUGGUCCAGCCUGAGUCACGUCCUGCCUGCCCUCUGACCCUGGAGGAGCUGGCCCUUUCAGAGUCAUGCAGCUUCAGCAACAAUGUGUUUGUUCUCUCCAUGCCGAAAGCUGCCCAGCCAGAGGAGGCUGCAAGAGGGAGCAGCAGCGCACCCAGGGACAUCAUCAGGCCUGAAGCCUUCGUCCAGACAGGACCCCUGCUGGCCAGGAGAGCCCAGAGGGAUGCUCCUCCUCCAAAGAAGCUCCCCAAACCCCCUGUGGCCCCCCGGCCCAAACUGCUGCCCUCCCUGGGCCAGGGCAACGUGUCCCUUGUCAGUGCCAACGCCUGGGAUGAAAGGACCAAGAAGAAGAGAAAGAAAGGAGUCAGAGUCCAGAGGUCUAGCCUGGGCCUGAGACAUAUCCCCCGUGACCUAGAGCUGGCCAUGAUGAGGCCCCGUCUGGUCAAGUCGGCCGAUCCCUCCCAGCGUCCCUACCAGCCGUGGGACGACGAGGACGAGGUGGACAUCUACGCCCUGAGGCGCACAGCCUUCAUGUGCCCCAUGUACGACCAGGAGGAGAGCAGCGGCAGGGGCAACAAGAGGGUGGCAGUGGAGGCCCUGGACAACAUUCCUUUCAGAAGGAAGAUCACCUUGUGUUAUUUCAUGGGUGGGCGCAGGGUGAUGCUGCCAAAAGACUACUAACCCCACCCCCCUCUAAAAGGCUUCUAUAGACCAUCUCUGUAGCAAGAGAACCUCCAGUAAUCAGACUGGGCUGUCCUCUGUCUCCCCUCAUCUCUGAUACAUCAGACUGGGCUGUCCUCUGUCUCCCCUCAUCUCUGAU